AUGCUGUCUCUGUUUGCAAUAGGGCAGAAUAAGUACUAUUCACUGUAUAUAUCUAACAGUAAUAUACAUAACAAUGUCAGGAAGGCUUAUUGUGAUGCCAUCAGUCUUGUCAGAUUCCUGGCUAUCCCAAAAAGUAAGUGGCAAUUUGAGUUAUGUUUCUCAGGUAAUAGUACUGCUCACAUAGUACACCAUGCUAGAUGCACUAGCGGAUUGAGGAUACAGUGUGGAUGCAACCUUCUACAAAUUUUGAAGUCAGCUCCAUCAGAGAAAAGCUCCAUAUUGAAUUAA